CACGUCGUGUUUAAGAUGCGCGUGUCUCAUCGGCAUCCUGGAGCUCCGAACCGGUUCAAACAGAAUGUCAACAAGUGACGCAGUACACUCCGAACUGUCAGUUCGAGGAGAGACAGCGACACCUCCGCACGGGGAAACACGCUCAACACGGAGUUCGACUACAAAACAGUGGGACGACAAAAGUCCGCAUCCUUGCUGCCGUGCCGUCACACAUGAAAGAAGGGUCGAAGAAUGUCAAUUUGGAGCAGAGGGACCAAGACAAGAGGUGAAUGUUGAAAGUGGGAGCAGAUAUACCACCCGUAUUGUUUUAAGACUCUCCAACUCCCUGGACCUCAAAAGGAAGCAAGACUCCUGUGUAUAUAGUUCGGAUGAGACGCAGAGGUGUGAAACUGUGGCUGGCAGCGCUCAGGUGGAUCAUUGGACUUCACUACUAGACUCUUCCAGAGAAGUAACAAGUGAGUCACCAUUACCACAGAAGAUACAAUUUCUGUCCGGAAGUCGACUUCCUUCUGGAUUGCAACCAAGCACAAGUGUCCGUGGAUCAACUGAAAUCAAUCAAUUGAUAAAAGACGGUGCUGAGCUUGAGAACCAAACAGAUGUUGAGGAGCUCGGGAAAGUAAUGUUGUCUUCUGCCAUGGUGACGGUUCUUGCCCCGACUUGGACUGGCCGCCUUCGACGGUCCAAAAGGUUCGACGCAACGGGCAGUUUGGAAACUUUGACGAGUCUUCCAGGUAUGGCAAAUUCCGAGGCAAUCCGUCCACAGAGUUGCUCUCAGAGUUCUCAAAGUAGUACGGGAAGACUAUUUAACGUAUCGCAAGCCCAGUCGAGGGCUCCGUUUCUGAAUACUAGACAGAACACAACAGGCUGGUCCUCGAAAAGUGGUCCUCAAAACUUGGACUAUGAAUUGAAGAGUAAAGUUCCUCGGACAGCCUCGUUGGACGGAAGCGCUAAAGAGAUAGAAAUGAAGAAAGCGCAAGCAAGUACGAGCUGGGAUCCAUACGGGCAAAAGGGGACUCAACGAGAUGGUCAUCCGCUGCGGCACUCAUCUUUGAGUUCAAAACCCACAACCAGCAGUCUUCUUCUGUCACUAAGAAGACUAAACAAUCAAAGUAUGAACUCGAAUAACCCCACGUCAUCGGAGGUCAAGCCGGCGCCUUUGAAAACUGAACAAGACGUUUUCUCAACACAGGUGACUCAAGCCUUCCACAAAACACUUGAGAGGGAAAGGUUCAAGCCACUCCCCUCUUCUUUGUCCCUUUCUCCCAGGGCAGCCGAGAUGCAACCAGUUAGUCCUCCGUCACUACCUAACCACGGUAAAAGAGGCACGGCAAAAACAAGCUUGUUUUUGUCUUCAACCCUAAACAAAAUAACAACCGACACGCCCAAACAACCACAACUCAUGAAUACGCCACAACCGAGUCUUUCGUGCCUCAGACAAGAAUUUAUCAGUCAGCGACCAUCGGAUAAUGAACAGAGUUGGAUAAGUUCAGGCAGAGGUUUAAAUCUAUUUCCUGACAGCGCUGUAUCUUCACAUAAAUCUGUUCAAUAUGACUCCGGGAGGCUCUCCGAAAGUGGUUCACCAUCUCGAAACACACCUGUGACAUCAUCAUCCAGGUGGCAACAAAAUAGCCAGGGCAAUUCACCUCCCGUUCUCACCGACACACCCAAAACCAAGUCAAACACGCCCUUAAUUCCUCUAUCUAACAACAAUCGUGACACGCCAGCUCCAAGUCGAACUCCGAACAAAAGUCUCAACGGUCAAAUCUCCGAUAUUAGCAGCAAGAAAGCAACGUCGAUCUGCAACGAUGGCGUCAAUCUCGCGACGAAGCCACCGAGAGGAGGAAUCGGUAGAGUCAAAGAGAAACAAUGGGACGACUCGUUUGACAAAAUGAGGCUGGCCAAACAACUCCACGAGUCCAGUUUGAAAAAACUAGAAACGCAAAAGUCGCAACGUUUGCAGACGGGUUCCAUUAAGCGUGACGUCGUUCAUGGCUCAUUUAAACCCCAUGUAAGCGAAUUGGCACCAUCGUUGAAACCUUCGUCGUUUGAUCGCGCCGACUCUCUCAGGAAUCAGGUCGGUCCUUCAAAAAACAUCUGCGCUUUCUCACAGAAUCAAAAUAGCAGUCCGUCAUUUCAGUCGAAAGCAGAUUCUUCUGACACGUCCUUAUAUAUUGGCUCGCGAACAUCCAAAGUCCCCAAUACAGCAAGCAACACGUCUCCUCUUGGCUUUAUAAGAAGUUACAGCACCAACUCAAAGUCUUUCCAAACAAAAGACGUGUCCAGUCGUGUUCCGAUGAUAAAUGACUCUUCCAGACAAAACCCCCAAUCUAUGAGCACAACUAGUCCCAUCCAGAUUACUUCUACCAUAACAUCGCAUCUCCAAACACCCCCUGCCACUCCAACCAGUCCAAACCGCAAAGUGGGUGGAAUAUUAACCAACCAAUCAGAAAAAGACAACAAAAAAACAGGACAUGGAAAGCGAGUGAAACACGUCAUGUGGGAGGACUCUGAGAAUUCCCAAUCCAGCAAAAGUCUAGAUCCAUCCGUCUUGACCAGUCCAUUGUCUCGCUCAAGGUCUCAGUCGCUCGGCCGAGCUCCAUCCGUCUUCUCUUUUCUAAGAUCAAGCAGUCAGAACACAAAAAAUGCUCCUCUUUCCACCGCAUCACGCAAGACCUCAGACUUGCAGUAUCGAUCUUUGUCUUCCGACUCUCCGGAUCAAAUCUUAAGAGAACAAGGAGACUCGAAACAAAACCUCGUUGACAAUCCACGCAGCUUCGAGAGGAUGGACGUGACCCCGUGCAGACUUCAGAGGUCACGAUCGUUGCAGGCCGAUGAGUUCUUAUAUUAUACAACUGCUCUCUCGUCUCCCGACUACUCAAAUGGAUACAAGAUCCGUUACAGCUCCCCGCCCUACUCCACUCUCAUCUCCAGCCGUGGUGAAACCAAGAAGGUGACGCCACGGACGCCACUUUUCCCAAAUUUGAACUCAAAUUACACCUCAAAUCAUUCGCUACAUUCUCAUCCAGUAGCAGAUGCAACCUCACCUAUCUCGAAAACAUCACUUGGAAAUUCGCCAAAACAAUUAGCAUCUCCUCUGCAGAACAAAAUGUCAUCGCAUGAAAAUUUACUGUACGGAGAAGAAAUCAAUAAUAAUAGCCAUAAGAGUAUAUGUCGUAAUAAACAAACCGGUCGGGUAUUGUUUAUCGAGAGCAGAGUUGAUGUCAGCCCGCAAACUCCGCAGAGUUUAAAAAUGGACAUACCAGGUUCUGAUCCAAAGGCUGAAUCGUCGGCACUUUUCGCAAAGACGCUAACCUCUGAACAGUCACACACAACUCUGACUCAUUCCAAUCCAAGCUCAAGUGGCAGCAGCUCAGUGGAAAGUCGCUGUGCGGGUGACGAAGUCGGCGGCAAAAGGAUGAAGGAGAGCGUGAUGGGUAAAUUCAAACUUUUCUCAGCGGAGAGCAACAACGAACAAAAUCCAAAGAAACGCCGUUUUGUUAUGAAGAAAAGCACGGAAAACGAGAAGGCUAAUAAAACUUCGACUAAAAUGGACCAGGUCAUCAAUAAACUGAGGCAAACGUUCAGCCCUAAGCGCCCUGAAGACGAGCAAUUGCCGUGGAAAUGGAGGCGAGCUUCUGAAACGCCUUCCGUCGCUGGAUUAACCGAUACCAGCGAUGCCACGCUUGAGAGCAGCAGAACCGGAGAAGACCGAGAACUCAAACCGAAGGACGAUGAAAGGCCAACGCAGAACCGAUACACCCUCAUACCAACCUUAUCUGUACAAAACCCAAUGACAGAAAACGAGUUCUUCGUUUGGCCAGAUCAAUCCGAGCCCCAGAAAUUGUCUGACCAGAUUGACGUCAAGAACAGAACAUCAACGCAGUUUCAUCUGAGUGUAGAUCCGAGUCCUAGUCGAAGCCCAAAACUAACCGGUACUAAUGUCAGGAAAUCCUCACCCAGUUCCAAAAGUCCAUUCUCCCCCUUCUCCUCUCUUUCCACCCACUCGCCAUUCCCCUCACCCGAAGUGGUGGACGAUAGCGUCUUCUACAGCCCGAAGAUGCCGCGCCGACGUGAGUCCUCCUCACCGUGCGAGCCGGGUGAGGGAAUCAGCCUGGUGAGUUCCCGUAGAAGCCGGGCCUCCACGGGUCCUCCGAGCACAGGUCCGAUCCAGGACGACGCAUCGUGCUACGCUGAUUUAAAGUACGGCAUCGAGCCCGGGAGGUCCGUUUCGGUGAGCUCCGUACUCUCCAGUCGGCGGUCGGGGCCCGGACGGAUCUCCACUGGCCCCAAAUUCAUGAGUGUGGACGACCUCUCGGAAACAGUCCCGACUUACGGAGGAGGUGAUGAGGACUUUAAUCAGUGGUUGGAGAGAAAUUGUAAUCAUCGGGCAAUCAGGCAGAUGCAGUCUCAUAUGCCCAGCGACGGCGGAAAAGCCAGAUCGAGAUCGCUUCCUCGAUCACUGACUCGCCGUCUGGCCCAAUGGAGCUCGGGUGUCUCCGUUUGUCCACCAGCAGACACCGCUGCAAUGUCACCCAAUCAUUGGAGCCCCAAAAUGAAGACGUCUCACUUUGACUGGGAUACAGUGAGCCCCCCGACUCCUCCCCCAACGCCUCCUUUGUCACCGCAGCCCAGACGCAUGUCCAAACCUCCCAGCCUUUCCUCACCUAAUCUUUCCAGCCCAUCUCCAGAACCAAUGGACAGUCCGUCCCCUAGGGGGCAUUUGCCUUCUCGAGGUUACGUCUCUCACCUAACCACAUUUGAAGAAUCCUCAGACAGCAGCUCAGAUACAACAACAGAUGACGAAUAUUAUUUAGAAAACAGUGACGAUGACGAGAAGGAAACGGAAUUGUGAAAGCAGUCUCGAUUGUAAUCGCAAGUUUCUACUAUCAUUGUAAAAAUAAGAGAGAAGAAUGACAGGAAUGUUGGCUGACAGUCAUCAGCAAGUGACGUGAAGUGAAGUUUCGGAAUUCCAGCCUCCCGCUCCAAAAGGUGAUGGAGCAAAAAAAAAAAAUCCUUUUUUGUGUUAAUAGCUCCAGCUCUGAAUGUGUCACAAUGAUUUUUUUUUUGGUCAUGUCGCAUCUUGAAUGGUUGCUGAAAGUGUUACUACCCCAGUUCCCGCUUCAACGCAUCAGGGUUAUCUACAUACGUUUCUUCUGCUGCUAAGCGAUAACCAUUGGUGGAGGAGGAUUCAUGUUUAAAUUUUUUUUUUUUUUUGUGCUUUAAAUUCUUUAUUUUCUUAACCAUUUUGUUUUCAUUGAAUCAUACUGUAUUUUGUGAUUUUUAACAUUCAUUGUCACAAACAAGUACUUGACACAAUGCUUGUCUAAAUAUUUGCACGGUGACAAUUAAACAUCUUAAUAUAUGCAUUUUAUAAAUAAAUUCAAACAAGCUCUUUCAUAGAA